AUGGCCGCGUCGACAGAAACUGAGGCAUUGAAUUUCCUGAAGGUCGCCAAUUCAUGGGCGCAAGCAAGGUUUCACCCGGAUGAAUAUGGACAUUGUGAAUUUUAUGUCAUGCACGCCAAACCACCAUUUCCAGAUGCUCAAGUAGGACGUACCACGCUGAAUGGUAUAACUAAAGAUGACGCCGUCAUUGGUGGCAUCAGCGACGAGUGGGAACGAGAGAGAAAAGGCUGCAUGAACUUUGCUCGGGCGUAUUUGAUAGAACUCUUGGGUAGGGUUUACCCAGGCUCGAUGAGAAUUCAAUCCAUUUCAGUGAAGGAGUUCUGGAAAUGGGGUGACGACCCCGAAUUUGGUUGGGAUGAGAGUAUCAAGGCCAACGGUGAAGGGGUAUCGGUCUUGUAUUGGAUCAAGAACCACAUUAAGGAGAACAAGUUCGAGUUGAAGCUGAAAGCGCCGAUGUGGACUUACGACAAGGCUCAACAUUUGGAGGUUCCGUAUGGCGAUGACUUGGCUAUUGACCUGGAGCCUUUUCUGGAAUAUGGUUUCGACGAUUUAUCCGUGACAGGGGAAUCUUUUACCUAUGAUACCUGAUGUGAAGGUUCCCUCUUAGGGCUGAGAUCCGUGUCUCUGAUCUGAGAUCUCUGCUCAUACUUCGAUAUGUACGAAGUCAGUACCUAGCGCUCGCAUCAGAUGUUUGAUUCUCGUGCCGCGCCCAUGAGGUGUUUUUAUAGAAAAAUGGCUGGUUUGGUUUCUCAUACUAUCUUUUGUUCUGUUAGAAUACCCUCUUCCUUGCCUAGACAUGUUCUCCUUUAUCUCUGUUUCUUUGUCCCUUUUUUCCAUUUUCAAAAAAGUGUGAUUAUAAAAAAAAUAGCAUCAUUGUACUACACCCUUCAAAAGUAGUUUUACCCAUUUCUCUCCUUUUCUUUCCGUUUCCCUUUCCCUUUCCCUUUCUCGUUCUUUUUCCUUUUUUUUCCCUAGCGCUAAAUAUGUAUCUACAAACCU